CACACUGUCACUUAUUAUCUACACAUUUUGAAAGUUACUUCUUCGGACGGAGUUAAAUAUAAUAACGAAUAAAAAUGGGUUGGGUUAAAUUGUCGCUUAUUGCACUAUUUGUCGCCACGAUAAGCAACAUGAUUAAAAACACCUGUUCACAAAAUUUUGCAUUCCUGUGAUAAUGCAAAUGAAGCAAACAACUGUUCACCGAAAAUAACCAAGUUGAGUUUACAUUAAGAUAAAAAGUUAAAACUACACAUUGUGACUUACUUUUAUGUAUUUUUCUUUAAAAGUGGCAUAACAAUGUCAAAAAAGAACCUCGACAAAAAAAUCAGAGAAGAACAAGAAGCUACCGCACAUGUUUUUCAAGAUUUCAUCAACACCUUCCAAGUUGCCUCCGUAGCAAGUCCCAAGGCUUUCGUUCGCUCUGGAGUACUGUACGCCGACAAAAAUGAAUUAAAACCGGCAGAAAACCAGCUGUAUAAACCAAAACCUUUUAUUAAAAAUACCGUUUCUCUACAAAAUGCCUUGGAGUGCGCCAAGAUCUUGAAAGACUCUUUACCAGGGUCAAAAAAGAGAAACAAGGACAAACCAAAAUCGAAUUUGGAGGAGCUCAAGGAGGAGUUGAAGCAAAGACAUUCAGAGAAAAGUGAAAGAGAGAGAUUAAAGGAAGAAAUUAGUAACUCUGCCCCUGCACUAAGCUACUUUGAAGGCGGAGACACUAAGUCAACGAAUUUGUUUGUAGCGAGCCUCGAUCCUGGAAUCUCCGAAACAUAUUUGACUGAACAGUUUGGGGCAUUCGGUCCUCUUGCAAGCGUUAAAAUUAUGUGGCCCAGAGGUGAAGAGAAAUUUAGAAAUAUUGAUACAAAUUGCGGUUUUGUGGCUUUUAUGAGCCGCAAAGACGCCGAACGAGCGUUAAAAAACAUGAAACAUCGCACAGAUAUGCGCGUGGGAUGGGGUAAAUCAGUGGAUUUACCCUCUCACCCUGUCUAUGUACCUCCUGAGCUUUUAAAACUUUAUUUGCCUCCAAGCAGCAGCGGGCUGCCAUUUAAUGCGCAAAUAAAGAGCAAUCGGCAUUUUGAUCAAACAGAAUUAGAAUCGGUACUUCUAAAUGCCCAAGUUAAAGUGACAAUUCCAUUAAACAGAAAAAUCUUACACUUGGUUCAUCGUAUGGUGGAAUACGUGGCUAGAGAAGGACCACUGUUCGAAGGGAUGAUUAUGAACAACGAGAUAAGCAAUCCGGAUUAUAAUUUUUUAUUCGAAAAUAAGUCUCCGGUUCAUGUGUAUUAUAGGUGGAAGUUGUUCUCGAUUUUACAGGGCGAAUCGACGAGAGAAUGGAGAAUGGAACCCUUUAGAAUGUUUAAAGGGGGUUCGAUUUGGUUACCCCCAAUCGCGCCGGACUUUACAUCCGGGAUGCCAGAAGAGCUCAUUAAAGAUAAAGAUACUCGCACAGUGCUAUCAGAGAGUCAGUGCGAACGUUUCAUCGAUAUAAUUCGCAAUUUGACUUUAAACAGAGCUUCCAUUGCCGAAGGGAUGAUUUUUUGUAUAAAUCAUACCGCCGCCAUAGAUGAUGUCAUCGAUAUAAUUGUCGAGUCGUUGUCCAACGUUUCGACUAAGUUGCCAAGCAAAAUUGCCAGGUUUUACUUACUUUUUGACGUAAUGAGUAACUGUGCCAGACAAAACAUAAAAAUUAAUAACAACAUGCUCAACAAGUUAAAAAAGGUCUUGGAGAAACUAUACGAAUGCUUCAUAACCAUAAAAAAAGAAUGCGAUAAAAUUUUAUUCGGAUCAAAAGUGAUCAAGGUCCUACAGCAAUUUGGGACAAUUUGUUUAGUGCCAACUGAUCUCUUUGAGAACUACGAGUCUCUUUUUCAAGAAAAAUGCGAAGGUUUGGAUGGAACUAACUCGAGUAGCGACGAGCCGUUAGAUGGGGCUAGUUUGCUUAAAAGGUCUUUGAAGAGCAGCAAUCAGGAAUGCGUUAUUCCGCCUAAAGACGAAAAAAUUGAAAAGAAGAUCCAGCCAGACUACUUCGUGCCCUCCAAAUGGGAUUCCGUAGAUCCCGAGGAGCUCGAAACCCAAUCGAUGUCUUCAACCCAAAUAUUUUACAUGCAACAAGAAAUCGCCAUGGAGAAAAUCAGUAAAAAUGAAAGCUGCGUUAAAGGGGAGGAAGAAAUCAGAAAAAGCGCUUUGAAAAAACGGGAUUAUUCCCCGAGGGACCGUAAGUCGAGGCAUAAAAAACGCAAAAGUGCAAGGGACUAUAGUCCCAGCCGAAGAGAUAGGGAAAAGAGAAGAAAUAGAUCUGGCAGCAAGCACUAAGUAUUUUUUAGAAGUUUUUACUUAUUUAAUUGUUAUGAGGUUUGACUUGUUCUAGUUUUAAUUGUAUUAUUGUUACAAUAUUAGUUAAUAUAUAUAACAUUAUUGAAUUUA